AUGGCAUCAUCUGGUAGUGGAGUAUCCAACGCGAGUGACCCGAUGGCCUUCACCUCUGAUGACGAGAUGGCCACCGACUCGGGAGUUUACACCUCAGACACCACGAGCACCGAUGAAGACGAUUUUCAGCCAUUUGCCCUACCGAUAUUCGGAGACGACGCACCCCUAGCUGACGGCCCACCAGGAGAGGACCUACCCCUUGUUCCAAUCCCUGCCCCUCUCCCCUUCGCUGCAGUUCCCUUUGAGGAACAACCUCUCGACGCGUUACCCGAUGGUGACAUCGACCUACUCAUCGAGGGUCCCUCGGAGGGAGACCAGGAUGGUGGGGCCCCGGUAGAGGACGGUGUUCCGCUUGUUGAUACCCCAGUUGUUGAUCCCAUUGUUCCCAUGGUUGAACUUCCUGAUAUGGAGGUUCAUUCUGAUUCGUCCGCCUCAGGUUCUUUUUAG